AAUGGGAUGAAGAGAGAUGGAAUUUAGGACCCAGGGGGAGAGCAGCCACUGUGUGGAGAAGGUGCACACGCAUCCUACCAAAAUUUUCAUAGCCCCGUGGAGCCAAGGCUGGCUUAUUCACAGUUCUUUGGAGAGAUCUUAGGCUGAUGCUAACAGAAAGAAACCUUCCUACCCACCCAUUUUAGCAGCAAGGAUUCCAGGAGCAAAACAACUCAAACAGAGGCUGUACAGCGUUUCGAAGUGAAUGGUCAGAAAAGUGGCUCCUUCGUUGAAUGGAUUCCACUGAAUAUGGAUUGAACAUGAGAUGUAUUUGCAUGGAUGUGGAAAAUGACUGCCAGUUGUGUCCUUCAAUGUAGUUCAAGCAGAUGAAUGGAUCUUAAUUCUUACAGACUAUUAGUUGAAUGGAAUCAGCUUUUCUGCUAAUCAGACAUCUGAAGUAUUUGGAAUCAAGACUUUUACAAAGAUGACUCAUUUACAUGCUGGACUCAGUCCAGAGACUAUAGAGAAAGCCCGCCUGGAGCUCAAUGAAAACCCAGAUGUUUUGCACCAGGACAUCCAACAAGUCAGGGACAUGAUCAUCACAAGGCCUGACAUUGGAUUUUUACGUACAGAUGAUGCCUUCAUCUUGAGGUUUCUCCGAGCCAGAAAGUUUCACCAAACAGAUGCCUUCAGGUUACUGGCUCAAUAUUUUCAAUACCGUCAAAUGAAUCUGGAUAUGUUCAAAAAUUUCAAGGCUGAUGAUCCAGGGAUCAAACGGGCUCUGAUUGAUGGAUUUCCUGGAGUGCUGGAAAACAGAGAUCAUUAUGGUCGGAAGAUACUCUUGCUUUUUGCAGCCAACUGGGAUCAGAGUAGGAAUUCUUUCAUAGACAUUUUGCGGGCUAUUCUGUUAUCCUUAGAAGUUCUCAUUGAAGACCAAGAGCUUCAGAUAAAUGGCUUCGUUCUGAUUAUAGACUGGAGUAAUUUCUCCUUCAAGCAGGCCUCCAAAUUAACACCGUCUAUCCUCAAACUGGCCAUCGAAGGUUUACAGGACAGCUUUCCUGCUCGCUUUGGAGGCGUCCAUUUUGUGAACCAGCCUUGGUACAUCUAUGCCCUGUACACGCUAAUCAAGCCCUUUCUCAAAGACAAGACAAGGAAAAGGAUAUUCCUUCAUGGUAACAAUCUGAACAGCCUUCACCAGCUAAUACACCCUGACUGCCUGCCUUCAGAGUUUGGAGGGACACUACCUCCUUAUGACAUGGGUACAUGGGCUCGGACAUUGCUUGGCCCUGACUACAGUGAUGAAAAUGAAUACACUCACACAUCCUACAAUGCCAUGCAUGUGAAGCAUGCAUCUUCCAACGUGGAGAGGGAAUGCUCACCAAAACUCAUGAAAAGGUCUCAGUCGGUGGUGGAGCCUGGGACUUUGAAACAUGAAGAUCAGAAUGAAAAUGAGAACACCCAGCCUCUGCUGGCUCUAGACUGAGUUUGAAUGUACCCUGACAUGCCAACGUAUCACCAGACGUCAAUAGUAUAAGGAACCUAUGAAGCAAGAGACAGGUUUCACACACAUUAAAACACUCAUUCAGCUUGAAGUCAGGUACUCCAACUUUGCUGAGCAAGUAACGAUCAUCACCAGCCAUCUGUCUGUGUGGCCAAAGCCAAAGGGGAUAUUCCUUGUGGCCCAGAAUACUAGAGAGAAGAGUCUGAUUGUAAAACAGAGAAUGUGUUUGUCCCCAUCCCCUUUUUAUGAUGUAUAAAUAAUAACAGUGACUGAAACGAGAGGGACUGCUUUCUGUGUUCACACAGAUAUAUCAGCUGAGGUUAUCUAAGCAGGGAUGCACUCCAGUUUUUUAAAAUAAAAUUUAGACUAACAGAUGUUAAAGUAAAAGUGUCUUGAGUUUAAAUAUUGCAGUAACAGGCUUGAUACUUGCAGACCGGACAGAAUGCCUCUAAACCCCUAAGCCCUUACAGAGUCUCCCCUUUUUUUGUAAAAAUUGCUAAAAAAUCACCAGCAGAAAAAUUGUUCAGUUAAGAGCCCUUAGGGGAUGGGGCGGUCUACAAAUAUAAUAAUAAAUAAAUAAAU